AUGAAAAGGAUUUGCUUUUAUGGUACCUACGUACUGACUAUAGUUAGCUUUAAUUUAAGGUUACUUUUCUCAUGAAUUGUGUUGAACGUUAACAAUUGAAUACGUUUGAUUGAACCAAAUGGGUUCGCCACCUAUUGCAUUUAAUUUUUUCCUUACAAAUGAAUUGAUGUCUAUUUUGUUGUAUACACAAUUUGUUCUUGUUGUUGUUUUAAAUUUAGAUUACUCAAUCAGAAUCGCCUUGAAACAAUUCCUGAUCAAGCCUUUAAGAACUUGGAGAGCCUAAGAGUAAUGUAAGUAACUGACAAGAAAUGAAAAAAAAGUUAACUUACUUGUCUGAUGAUGGGACUUGUUAUGUCUGUUACGACUUUUAUAGAUUUCAUAGUUUUGUUUGAAUUAGUUUUUCACUAGGUUACAUUCAUAACAAUAUGCGAACUUCCACCAACGCUAAAAACAGGUACAUGUAAAUGCAUUUAUUUUACCUCAACGUGGCUCGGUUUCCCUCCCUCCCUAAGUAAUCGCUAACUCCAAUUUGAGCUUUUUCUUACCGGCCUUAUAAGAUUUCUUUGUGCAAACUUGUAAAUUUCUUGUAGAUCGAAGUCUUGUCAUUUCUCAAACAUCAAUUGAGAUUUUAUGAUCAAUGCAUUUUUAUAAAUACCAGCGUCAAUUUUACGUCUUAUUUUAAAACUAAGAGAUUUUGUUUACAGCAGAGCUCCACGCACACGUGACUACUUUACCCUGGUAUGGAAGUCACGUACCCGCCCGUCUGCACCAUAGGGGAGUCAAAGCAAAUGCAUAUCACAUGUUCUAGCUGUUGUGGAGCCCGCAAAAAUUAGAAAGACGUACUUAGACUUCUUGAUUAGACUUGGUGGUACUGACCACUGAUAUUGACCACAAAAGGCCUACAUAAACCAAGUGAAAAAUGGCAUAAAUUGUCCAAAUUUAUUGCCCCACCUCAUAUACCCAUAAUGGGACACAUGUUUUAACAACAGGACAAACAUUGCAUAAUAUUAUUUUAGAUCCAAUGUUUAAGUUUACUAAAAGCGGUGAAGUAUUAGGCACUAGUUACACUUCGUUAAUAUUUACAUAAGUAAAAAUAAGCGAAUUCACGCAUUGCAAAAUGACGCACGUAAGCUGAUGGACAUUUGGGCUUUCGUUACUUCAUUAUCCAUGGUUACUUUUAGGGGACCGUCGCUCUAAGGAAGAGAACAAAAAGGAAUGAGGGUCACAUACUGGUCAUUUCUUAAAGCAUCUUUUAGUCAGGAACAAUGAAUUUCGCAGUCGGUUUUGACUUAAUUCUGCCUCACAAUUUGAUGGAACCAAUGUUAAGAGAAUUGUCAGCAAUUAGAAUUGUUUGGGUCUACAUUGAACCUCAAAAGUUCGAGUGUCCAUGAUAAGGAAUUAUUAUCGUUUCAAGGGACUUGAAGGUUGUCUUCUCGAGUAAUUAGUGGACUAGCUGUGGGGCGUGAGAUUGCUUUGGUUGGCUUGAACGAACAAUCUCUCCUUUUAGUAAGACUUUGAAAGGAAUAAACUAUACAAGAGCAAAUGAUACUAGUGUGAUAUUUCAGCACAUCACAUUACCUUUGGUAAGUUAAGCGCCAUCGAAGUAAUAAUAAGAAAAUGUUUACUCAACCUGUGGAGUACAUGGCACAAAUACAUAAGCUUAACCAAAAGGACUUCCAUUCAUAUUUUUCUGAUACAUUUGAUUCAUUUUUAUUUGAUAAACGUUACCUCACAGUUAAAUAAGGCGUUUUCUGAUAUAUUUGAUUCAUUUGUAUUUCAUAAAUGUUGCAUCACACUUAUAAUUAGUUAUCUACUUUGACAAUUUCUUUGACAAAUGUUGCCUCGCAGUUAUAGGAACCUCUUUAGUUAUCUGAUUUUAAGCGGCCACUUGGCAUCCAAUUUGAAUAUUUGCAAUUUUUGCCAAUAUCGCCAAUUUCGCCAAAAUCGCCAUUUCCACCAAAAUCGUCACUUACCAAGGGGCCACAUUUUCCAUCCAAUUUGAAUCGCCAGCCUUAACUUCUGGCAAAUUUUGCCACUUUCGUCAAAAUCGCCACUCUCCAAAGGGAGAGUGUUCCAAAUUCGCAAUUUUUGCCAAUUCAGCCAUUUUCGCAAAAAUCGCCAAUUUCGCCAUUUUCGCCAUUAUCGCCAAAAUCGUCACUCUCCAAGGGGCUUCUUUUGGCAUCCAAUUUGAAUUGUCAGCCCUCUGGCGAUUUUUCGCCAUUUACGCCAUCCAAAUUUGCCAUUUUUGUCAAUAUCACCAAAAUCGCCACUCUUUAAGGGGCCACAUUUAGCAUCCAUUUUCGCCAUUGCAUACAUUUCUGGACAUAAUUGCGUUUACGAAUAGCUCUUUGAAACCCCUUGAAUUUGUUGCCUUACCGUUGCAAUUUGCGCUGAUCAGUUUUCCUAAAGCUGUUGGUUUUCUUUGCGGUUUUCCUUGCAAAUUUUUGAAAGACACGACCUCGAAAAGCAACAACAUCUGGAAAACAGGGAUUUACCGAGUGAACCGGUUUGGCAAGUUUUCAGUGACCAAUCAGCUACAGCGUUGGUGAAAGCGCCCGAAAACACGACUCACCUUAAUCUGUCUCGCAUUCUCGUUAUAUGAGAGGACAAGCAUUCACGUUUAUACUGAGUCUUAUUUUAUAAUCCUUGAGUUGAAUAAUAGAUUUCUUAUUGGACAGUUCAGCGUGUAGCAUCUUUUGAUAUUUUUACUCGUCCUUUGUAUUUUGUCACCGAGCCGGCUAGCCAAAAUACAGCGUGACUCGUAAAAAUAUAUCCCUUAAUACUACAUACUAAACUGUCCAGUAAGAUGUAUGCAUUUUUCUUCAGCCUUCUUUCAGAUAAUCGUUUAAAGACAGUCGGGAUACAUGCCUUUACUUGUAUGCCUGAAAGCCUGAUUAUGUAAGUAGCUUCCUUUCACCCCGUUUUCCAGAAGCAACCUUUCAGAAAAACGUUUUAGGCCUGCGAAAAGUCACCAACAUACUGGCGAAAGCUGGUACCUUACUGAUAAACAUCACGUUAAUCGAGACUUUGAUUUUCCUUUUUUAUCCUAGAUAUCUGAUACGGACGGAACUAAAAUCAAUUAGCCCCCAUUCUUUUAAGGACAUCAGCAAUCUAACGACCAUUAUGUUAGUAUGGUACAUGUUAAGUUUAUUCUCAUAACCACUUUCCCCUUCCAUUCAACUUUCUCCGUUAUCUCGUAUCAAUUACCUCAAAAUAAUCACAGGGAUGUCAAUGGUUGGUAAGUUAUAGUUGUCUCGAGAACUGGUUACUUUGCAUGUAAAUCGCUACGUGUCGAUUACUGCUUAUUCUGAUAUAAUUCAGUGGUUAUUAGCACUUUAGCGUGUGAUUCUUCGUCGAUCGAUAACUGAACUUCGUUCUAGAGGUGAUUGUGGUCCCAGAGGCGGUUGAAGUAAGCUAGGAUUUUGUAAUGAUGAGUCGAUUGUCAGGGCGGUCAAGCUCUUGGAAUUUUUUCCCGUUUAUAAAGAUACACUUGCCUCAGUCACCUGGGAGGACUCUUGUAACCCCUCCGUCUUGCUCAGCAGGGUCGGGAGGAUCUUUUGGCCGCUUCUGUAAACAAAAACAACAGCAACAUGCUGCUAAAGACUUCAAAUUUUAACGAAAACCAAAUCCAGUAAUUGGAAGAUAUCGUUUCUCUCACAAUAAAAUCAGUGCUUUCAAAAUCUAAAAGUCGCGCAAAGUUUAUAGUAUUUUUUAAACACUCUGAAUAACUGGAAUAGGGCGACUACUUAUUAUUUUUAAUUCAUAAUGAAAUUAUUCACGUCUUUUAGUGUUUUGAUUAGGCUAUAAUUUCGAAUAUAACUUUCGUCCGUAGAAGCUUAGAAGAAGGAGAAAUCGGCACUAUGAGAUUUAUGAGCCUGGACCACACCUGUACAGUUUACCUGUAAGUUGAAUAAAAAAAGGAUUGCCUUUUCUUGUCUUUAUGAAAAUAUAUAAUUUUGUCAUAACCGGAGCUUACCCCUUUUCUCUACCUAUUUAGUGGUUUGGGGCAAAAUGAAUCAGAGUUCAUCAACACUGAACGCAAAAUACCGCUUCCGGCAAGCGGGCAAAUAGACGCCAGCUUAUCAGAGUCCUUUAGUCGGGCUGGAUUUGCCAAUAGAACUUACGGAGAAAAAAAGUUUCUUCCCUGUUCAGUGGGAACAUUUGUAAAUUCAAGUGUUACUGAUCCUAGUGAGCUAAAGUGCUUGGAGUGUCCGGCAGGUAAACCACCUUUUAAUCACCUAUUGUUAUAGUACAUGUACGUAGUAUUGCUGAACACCAGAAAUAUUUCUGGAAUGUUACUGUGUGGCAAAAAAAAGCCACGAGGCCUGAAAAAACUAACCGCAAGCAAGAACUUUAGUCGGUUAGUUGUUUUGUGACUUGCUCUCAGCUCAUGUCUUGAUCUUUGUUGUGAUUCGUGGUAACACAAACAUGAACAUUCAUGGAACAUUUCAAGUGUUCACGGUUUUGCCGCUGUAAUCAGGCCGGGAGCUUUUCAUGCACGGAGACCUAGGGGCAGUCAGAAAUUUUUCAAGAACGUGCGGGAGACUGUGCCCGAUAAAUACCGAACGGUUUCAAAAACUCCAAAUUUUACAGCGAAUGCUUGGCUCAUUGACCUUUUUGCCACCCAGCAAUUUGGCAGUUUUCGAUGGCUGAUAGUCCCUUCAAUAUUGCUUGCAAAGAGCACAAAAAGUGCACAAAUUACUCAAGUUAAUCAGCUCUUUCAACUUGUGAAUUCAAUUCGUAUGUACGGUCAAGACUUCUAUGAGCUAAGUCGUAUGCGAAUGAGGACAAUGUAAACAAUGACGUCAGCGAAGAUUCGCCUUAACAGACAGUCACCAGAAACAACAGUUCGACGGCCAAAAGUAGUUUAGAAGUUUGCACAACUUAAGAGCAUCAUUGCUUCAUUUUAUGUAGUUUAUGUUAACAGUUCAAAAAAGAUAAUUUAUCCUUUUGAUAUAUCCCCUAGCCUACUUUACUAUUCAGUGGUAACAUUUAUAAGAACAACAACCUACAAAAUACCACAGUUUGUCCAAAAUUGAUCCAGGGGGGUGGUUUAAGGACAGGGUUAAAGCUGGUAACCUUUCCAACAUAUUUGAAUAUGCUUUUACCUUCAAACGGAUAUAUCUCAAAACAAUUUAUAAAGGUGAAUAUAUUUAACAAUUUUUCCUCGAGCCCGAAUGGGCUCUGAGUCAAUAGGGUUUGGCUCAGUGGCCAUGAGGGCGAGAGGCUUAAUCGUUUUAUAGCAAAAUCCAACUAGUUGGUCAAAAAUAUCGAGAAUAAAAAAAAAAUAGCUUGUUAAAGCUAGACUUUAAUCAGAACGCAGCAUUGAAAAUAGACCACUAGUUGGAAUUUACUAAUUAUAUUCAUAUUGCUUUUUAUUUCAAUAAACAGGCGGAUUCUACUCUGACACUAAAGCCUACGUUGGCGACAGCUGCCUAAGAUGUCCCAACGGAACCUUUGUUCACUACAAUAAUGCGCCUGGAGUUCAAAAAUCGGAUUGCAUUGCAUGCCCACAAGGUACAUGACAUUCAUAAAGUGAACUUUAUUGGCAAAUGUUAUUUCAAUCUCAGCCCGAACAUUGCACUAGGAUAAAAUAUUUUCUGAUUUUUUUUUCAUUAUUAUUAUUAUUUACCAAACUGUAACUCGAUUUAUGAAUGGAUUAUAUCUCUUGGUAAUUUAUCAGCACACCACUACCUUCUAAUAAUUUAAUUGUUUUCUUGUUCAAAAUAAGAGAUAUAUCACAAUCUUUGAUUUUAAUAGCGGAACUCCAGGCGCGUGUGAGCGUAGCCCCCUAGCUAAGUAAAUCUAUCCAUCCUAGAAAAUUUGGUAAUUACGUGACCGUACGCCGUCCGCCCGAGCGACCCUUCCUCCAUACCACAGGAAAACCAAUGUUAAAUGUCACACUUUAAAGCCCAGGUCUAUGUUGUGAUCAAUUGACAGGUUUGACAGCAGGCUCAGGUAUCGACCCAUCGAGGUCGAGUAUCUUUUUGAAGUUAUCCGUGUACUGUUGAGUUAUGGAUUCACUUAAAAGUAUGUCUUGAGAGGAUUGCUAAGCUCACAAGAACUCGAUGUUAGUUUAUUGACGUCAUCAGCGUGCUCCUGAUUGCGAAUAUGAAGCGCGCUUGCUCUAUUGAGUUUCAUUAGGCGGAUAUUCUAGCUAUGUUAUAAAUGCCAUUUGUUCUUCUUGUUCUACAUUUUAAGGUAUCUCUGUUCUUUUCCUAAAAGGUACAGAUACGAACGGAUUUGCAGGAUUUCGCGCCUGUAAAUGCUUGGACAAUUUCCAUCGAACCCAUUUGUUUGAGGGAUGUUCGCCAUGCACUCAACCUGGAUUGCAAUGUCUACAUGAUUUUGCUACUCUACAGAGUGGAUAUUGGUGGAAGUGGAGAAAUGAAACAGACAAAAAUAUUUAUAAAAACUUUACCUCCGGCGUUAAGGAUGCUGAUGUUACUCCUGUGGUACUUACAAAAUCUUCCAUGAGUAAUGGCACUUACAUUGAAUACCCAAACAAUCUUCCUCAACCUCAGAAAUGCCCCAGAGAGAAAUCUUGCAUGGGAGGUUUAGACGCCUCGUGCGCCGUUGGGUACGAAGGUCCCUUGUGCGAAAUUUGCAGCGCUGGAUACUAUAAACAGUUGAAAACAUGUCAGAAAUGUCCAACUAAGAAAUGGAUGAUCGGGCAGCUUUCAAUCCUGACAGCAGUAGUUCUCGUAGUAGUUGCACUUGUAGUUUGGACAAGCAAAAAGAAGAGGAAGAAAAACGAAGAACGGCCCACAGUAGAUAUCAUUCUUGGGCGACUAAAGAUUGCCAUUGGUUUUUAUCAAGUAACUUCUGGAGUUCUUGAAGCAUUCUCGUACAUCAAAUGGCCACACUCCCUCACUCAAAUUGGAGAAUACUCCAAGUUCCUGCAAGGAAACGUCUUUCAGAUUGUUCCCGUCCAGUGCCUCUUUGAAAACCUAAAAGUCAAUGCAUUUGGAAGUUUGUAUGCUAUUUUGACUUUAAAUGCAAUUGCAAUAAUUGGGGCUGUGUCUGCUUACGGAAUCACGAGGCUAACUUUAACGCGAAAAGCUCAAAGCCAAGAGAUGAAAGUCAAGAAAAUAUCACAAACGAACGAGGUGAUCUACAGAAAUCUGUUUUUCUUCCUUCAUGUGACGUACCUAAGUACCUGUUUGAAAACAGCAAAUGUUCUUCCCCUGGCCUGUCACACAAUCUGCGUCGACGAAGACGACGAAAAUUGUGAACGGUUUCUUAGGGCCGACUACAGUGUUGAGUGCACGAGCUCGGAAUUCAACAGAUCGAUAAUCGUUGCAUUUUGCACUAUUGCAUACAUUGCAUUUCUACCAACUGCAUCUUUGAUCAUUCUCUGGAGAAACAAGAGCCACCUUAAUCAACAGCAUUCGCCAAGUCUUAACUUGAAAAGCAGGGAGGUUUUGACGGGGUUACGGUUUCUCUUUGAAAACUAUAGCGAACAGACCUGGUAUUGGGAACUAGUAGAGACAAUUCGAAAGGUCGUUUUGACCUCUGGACUGAUCCUUGUGGGAAGUGAGAGCCGCACUUAUGUGGGAUUGGCAUGUGUCAUAUCAGGUCUCUACGGGAUGUUUUUUGCUUAUAAGCGUCCUAUAAUGGAUCCUUUUGAGGAAAAGUUAAUGUUGUCAUCUCUUGGCGUUACGUUUGUCAAUUUGGGAAUAGGAACUGUCAGUCGAAUUCCCAAAGAAGGCCUGCCCGCCUCAAUCAAUCCUUAUCUCGACAACAUCAUUUUCAAUGCACUGGUGUUUGGAGCUAAUUCUUUAGUAAUUGGGCUUCUUUUUGGUAAGUAUUACAUCAUUACACAAUUAUAG